GCGGCCGGCGCUCGGCUCCACACGUGGGCGCGCAAUGGAGAGCUAUCACUUAAACAACCCCACCAUGGAAGCCAGACCGAUUGUGACCUCAAAACAGAAGGUUGAAGUGGUUUGUGGUGUCCCGACCCAGGUUGUCUGCACAGCUUUCAGCAGUCACAUCUUUGUGGUGGUGACCCAGUAUGGAAAAAUGGGUACCCUGGUCUCUCUGGAGCCUAGUACGGUAGCCAAUGAUAUCUGCAAGCCUACAAUCACUACUAGAGUGCUCCUCGGGCAAGAUGAGCCCCUCAUCCAUGUCUUUGCAAAGAACCUAGUGACGUUCGUGUCUCAAGAAGCAGGAAACAGACCUAUUCUCCUGGCUUUGGCCUUGAAGGAAAAAAGUGUGGAAGGGGUGAGAGCCCUGAAGGAAGUGAUUCGGAGCUGCCAGGUGUGGUGAGACAAGGCCCUGCCUGCCCGCUGGAUAUUCCUGGGGAGAGCUCUUGAAUCAAGAAGUCAUAUCCCUUCCUCUGAAGGCACCUUUCAUUUUCUUAUGGCUUAUAGCCCAUGCAGCUGAGAGAGAAUUGUUUUCACAUCUCAGGACAAACUCAGUUUGGUUUUGAUACUAAUAUUGGGGGUGGGGAGGUGGGGGAGGGGUUUUCCAUUGGGGGCCACAGAGUUGCAUGCAUUUGAGAAUCAUAAUAGGGAAUCAUCCUGCUGGAUGGGAUCUCCUGUGUUCUGUGUAUAGCAUCAGUUGCAGGAGGAAUUUGCAAAGAGAAAACAAAGCCAUGUAGUAGUGAAUGUUCAUUUUACCCACUUUAUCACCCUUCUUAUAUAGUAAAAAUCUCAAUUGUACAAGCCCCUACAUUCCAUAACUAUGAAUGUGUAAUUAAAAGUACCCCAGAUGUAUGAACACUUGUUUGGUAAGGAUUCAUAAGUAUGUGACUCACAUUGUUCAAAUAAAUCUUUGGAAGUUAGUCUUAGCAUUACACAAAAAUUAUAAUUUUUAGGUUCCAGUUUUUCUCUUUCCCUUUUCCUAGGGCUCUUCUUUUUGUAGCCUCUGAAGAAAAUCCAAAAUUAAGUGUUCUAACUAAGAAUGGCAAUUCUAUGCAGCAAGCGUCAAACAGGAUCCAAUGGUCAUAGGCCCAGAAGGAAGCUCAGAGGCCUUUUGGUCCAGCAUCCCUUACUUGACAGAUAAGGAAACUGAAGUCCUUUGAGAUAAAGUGACCCACCGUAGGGUUUGAACCCAGGUCUUAUUGAAUCCAGAGCCUGAACCCUCUCCACUGGACUUGGCUACCUCUGGUAUUUCAUUGUCCUUAUUCCUUUUCCUCACUGAACCUUACAGAAAAACCUAGGACUCCCAGACCCUUUCUCUGUUGGUAGAGAAAGUAGUGAUAUAGAAUGGUUGUGCCCAACAGCAAGAAGUUGAAAACCAGUAAAUUGGAUCUUCAUGCAAAUUGAAAAUGUGAGUGACAGCAAUUUGCUUUUCAGUCAAAACCCAGGCUUGGUGCAAACGGAAUAAAUGCACUUAGACUGACUUCAAACCACUAUCUUCUGUUCAUAGGAAAUAAAACUUAAGACUAUAUUCCUUGAAAUAGACGGGUAAGGAGCUUUACUUUAGAGAAUUGAGAAAAUGUACCUCAUACCUUUCAUUGCAGAGAUAGGAAACUGGAGGUAUAGGAUAUUGCAUAUAGUGCCAGCUACAAUGGAUAUUUUGGUCUUGCGGAACUGGUUUCUUUCUCUUGAAAUUUUUGCCACAAGGGCAGGGUUCCCCGAGGAGGUAAGAAGGAAGAUACUCAUAAAUGAAUGUGAUAAACAAAAGGUAUUAAUAAUUUUUUAACAAUACUGGUUAGAAGUAUCUGACCUCAGUUCUGUCUUAAACUCACAAAGCAAUACGUGAAAAUAAUUUUUUCUCAGACUAAAGGCUUCCAAAAUUGUCCUGGGAUUGUCUUUGUUUUAUAAACUCUUCUAUGAUGUGAUAAGGAGGAGCACUUUAAACCAUUGGUCCAGGGGAAAAAUAAUGGCAAAUUUGCUGCAGAUGGGAACCAAGUAAAGCUAAUUAUCUCUCUUGUUGGCA